AUGUCCUUUCCCAGUAGCUCUCCUGCGGCAAACCCAUUUUUAGUGGACUCUUUAAUUGGUGCCUGCAGGACGGACAGCUUUUACUCCAACAGCAACAUGUACAUGCAGUCUGGCUCAGAAAUGGGAACCUACGGAAUGCAAACCUGUGGACUUCUGCCGUCUUUUGGCAAAAGAGCUGGGGAGGUCAACCACCAAAAUACGGGCAUGAGUGUCCACUCGUACAUACCUCACAUAGAUAACUGGACUGAUCCGAGUAGAACCUGCAGACUAGAGCCGCCCAGUCAGAUGUCAAACUGUACAUUUUCACAGAGCAUAAAGGAGGAGAGUAACUGCUGCAUGUACUCCGAUAAAAGAGUACAAAAAGUCAGCUCGCCAGAGGUCCCUGCAUAUUCUAAUGUUAUCGCUGAAACUUGCCCUGUCGAUGGUCCCGAGAUCCCGGUUCCAGGCUAUUUCAGACUAAGCCAAACUUAUGCGAACGGGAAGCAUCCGGAAAACUACUGCCAUGAACCGCCGAGUCCCAACCCGACACUCAUGCAGCUCAACCGGGUCUCUGACAAACCGCUGCCAUCAUCCUCUUCUAAUUUUGCAGAGGCGAAAAAGAAAAUUCAGGAGUUUCCACAGAACCACGAAACCACAAGAACACCGGUCCCCGCAGAAAGCCCGGAUCCAAAGUCCAACUCGGAGGAAAAAAGCUGUCCAGUGGAAGCCCCUGCAUCCAGCCCUGAGCUGCAGCAGAAGGAAGGGAAAGACUUCAAGAGUGACACAUUAACGAACAACUGGCUAACAGCGAAAAGUGGGAGAAAGAAAAGGUGCCCCUACACAAAGCACCAGACCUUGGAGUUGGAGAAGGAGUUUCUGUUCAACAUGUACCUGACCCGGGAGCGCCGCCUAGAGAUCAGCAGGACCGUCAACCUGACCGACAGGCAGGUCAAGAUUUGGUUUCAGAACCGCAGGAUGAAACUGAAGAAAAUGAACAGAGAAAACCGCAUCCGAGAACUGACCUCAAAUCUCACCUUUUCGUGA